AUUACAUUCUACAUUUUUAAAUUCAAUUAACAUAAAAAUCUAAGUGGAUUAUAAGACAUUUGAUGAAUUAAUUUAAUACAAAAUUAAAAAAUAAAAUAUGUAAAAUUUAAUACAAAUUUUUCAGCUAUGUGUAUCAAAGAACAAAGAAAUGAAAAAAAUACUAAUCAGAGGAAGGGAUGGCGAGGGGGUAAUCGCGGAAUAAGACGGCGGGAGAACCGCGUGCAUCUUGUAAAAUGAAGGAUGAUGACCUCCCCUAUAUCAUGCAGAACAUCUGCUAAAUAGACGACACGCCGGUUGCCACGAGUGUAGUUGUCCUCAGUCUUGCGAUGCAUGCGAAUCGGGAUUAAGAUCUAUCUAUACUUUCUCCGUUCUCCAGGGAGUUCUUCCACCCCUAUCGGAUAGAGAAACUUCAUGAUGAGCCGGCGGGCUUUAGAGCUGAUCACAGGACUUCUUGUGGUCCAGCUGCUACUGCUCUUGCCGGAUCACGUAAACGCUGUGAAGACUCGGUUGAGGAAACAAAGAUCCAAGCCACAGGACCAUCAGGCUCAGCAGCCUGGUAGCGAUUAUGACUAUAAUGAGUAUUACGAUCAUUACGACGAAUACGACGAAAAGAAUGAGACGGCGACAACGUCACCACCAUCAGGUAUCACUCGAUUUUCGGGGCGACCCGAAAUACCAGCAGAAACAUUCUUGAGACGAGGAACACCUACAGAUCUACCGACUCCAACCACAACUCAAUUUUAUAAUCAUGAAGAGACUAGUCCUACAUCCGAACAGGAUCAUUCAGUUUCACCUACGGAGAUUUUACCGGGUGAGAGUAACAUAUAUAGUUCUGUGGCUCUACCAGGACUACGAGGUGUACCUGGUCGACCCGGAGAUGCUGGCCGCCCCGGUGAUACAGGAUUUCCUGGACAACCCGGUAUUCCUGGAACUCCGGGGCCACCUGGACCACCAGGUCCUGUACCUGAUGUAUCUCUAUAUUAUCAACAAUUGGCUCUGGCUCAAGCAAAUGAAGAUAAGGGUCCGACAGGUGCAGCAGCAUCAUUGUAUCCAGAGGCUUACUUUCAGGCGCAAGUAGGCCCAAUGGGUCCUCGAGGUCCUCCAGGUGCGCCUGGUGCUCCUGGUCCUCAAGGUUUCCAAGGUACACGAGGUGAAACUGGUGAACUGGGUCCUCCAGGUCCUCCUGGCAUGCCAGGACCUAGAGGCUUACCAGGAUUGCCUGGAAAAGAUGGUGUCAAUGGAGAAGAUGGUGAAGCCGGCCAACCGGGAUCACCUGGUCCUCCAGGACCACGUGGUCUUCCAGGAAUACCUGGGCUUCCAGGGAUAAAAGGCCAUCAUGGAUUUCCCGGUCUAGAUGGUAGCAAAGGUGAACAAGGAGCUUCUGGUGAAAAAGGAUCUAUUGGGUCGCCUGGACCUAUGGGUCCAGUAGGACCUAUGGGUCCAGCAGGACCUCGCGGUGAAAGAGGUAGAGAAGGCCCAUCAGGCCCUCCCGGAUUGAGAGGUCUCGACGGAAUUGCCGGUUCGCCUGGGCAACCUGGUGCUGUAGGAAAACCUGGCGCACCAGGCUUUCCGGGCAAUCCUGGAGCCAAAGGUGAUCAAGGAUCACCAGGACCGACAGGAAGUCAGGGUUUACAAGGUCCACGAGGCGAAAGUGGUCGUCCAGGACAACCUGGUGAAACUGGCCCACAAGGUCUGCAAGGCAAAGACGGAAUUCCUGGUGAUAAAGGAGCUACUGGAGCGACAGGACUCGUUGGUGUACCUGGGUUUCCAGGUGUUCGAGGUCAACCCGGAACACCGGGUAAUCCUGGCAUUCCUGGCGCUAAAGGAGCACCCGGCCUUUCAGGUGAUAGAGGUUUUAAAGGGGAUCCUGGAGUGAAAGGUGAUCCUGGAACGCCUGGUCCUCGUGGGCUUCCGGGACCUUCUGGGAAUGAAGGUAAAAGAGGUAAGAGAGGUAUGCGUGGACCACCUGGCGCUACGGGACCUCCUGGAGAACGUGGCACACCUGGAUCACGUGGUCUUCCUGGCUUAGAUGGUCUUGCUGGAUCUAAAGGACAACCUGGUGAUCGUGGUUCUACGGGACCUGUUGGACCGAAAGGCACUACUGGAGAUCCUGGACGACCUGGAUCGACAGGAUUACAAGGUACACGUGGUUUAAUGGGUAGACCUGGAGUUCCCGGGAAACCAGGUAAUCCUGGGGAACGUGGAAUUCAAGGUGCAGAUGGAAAACCUGGAGAACAGGGACCACCUGGGUCGCAGGGUUUACCAGGACCAUUAGGAUUACCAGGGGAAAGAGGAUAUCCUGGAGAACGCGGAAAAGAUGGUGAACCUGGAAAUCCAGGCUCUCCUGGUCCAAGAGGAGAUGUUGGUAAAGAAGGACUUCCUGGAGUGCAAGGUCCACCAGGUCCACCAGGAAAUGACGGCGCGCGAGGUCUUCAGGGAUCUAUCGGUCCUAGAGGUUUUCAAGGUCUUCCAGGUGCGGCUGGAAAUCCGGGUGUUCCUGGCAAAGAUGGAGAAGCGGGAGUACAAGGACCUCCGGGUCCGCCAGGAUUAGUCGGUAACAGAGGCGAGCGAGGACUUCCGGGAGAAAGAGGACUCGUAGGACCUCCAGGACCUAUGGGUCCCAGAGGAGAAACCGGAACACCGGGCGCUGAUGGCCUCCUUGGUUUACCAGGACUUAAAGGAGAUAAAGGAAGUUUUGGCUCACCGGGAUUACUAGGACUUCCUGGUGCGAGAGGAUUACCUGGAGAACCUGGUCAAAAAGGAGAAAGAGGCAUAUCUGGAUCAAUCGGUCCUGAAGGACCACCCGGACAUAUUGGAGAACGUGGUCCACAAGGAGAAGUUGGACCUCCUGGUCCUCCUGGAGAACCAGCAGAACGAGGUGAUCCAGGUCCUCCUGGGCCUAUUGGUGAGACUGGAGCUUCCGGUAAUCCGGGAGAAAGAGGACCUCUUGGAUUGCAAGGCUCGCAAGGUUUUCCAGGUCCACAAGGAUUAAUUGGACUUCCUGGUUUGAAAGGCGAUCGCGGAUAUCCAGGGUUAAAAGGAGAACAAGGAAAUUCGGGACUACCUGGCACUCGCGGCGAGGUCGGACCACCUGGACCUAUUGGACUUACCGGUGCUAAGGGACUUAGAGGUGAAUCUGGUGCACGAGGCGAACCCGGUUUAAUGGGACCACCUGGUAUCACGGGACAUAUUGGACCAUCGGGUCCACCAGGAAACAUGGGACCACCUGGUGCUCCUGGCUUGCCUGGUGUCAAAGGCGACGCAGGCGAUACCGGACGUCCUGGAAAUCCUGGUUCAAUCGGUAACCCUGGUCCAUCUGGAAUAGAUGGAAUUAAAGGUGAAAAUGGCUCCCCAGGCUCUCAAGGCCCGAUGGGUCCUCAAGGACCUCCAGGUUUACCUGGUGAGAGAGGUUUAUCAGGAUUACCUGGUUCUCCUGGCCCUAUAGGAAAUAGAGGAUUACGUGGAGCACCUGGUGAGAUAGGACCUGCUGGAAAACCAGGCGCGGAAGGUCCCCCAGGACCCCCUGGAUUAAUAGGCCCUCUCGGUCCUCCUGGUCACGUGGGAGAAGCAGGACCAGAAGGACCAGUUGGAAAACCAGGACCACCGGGCAUAGGAGGCCGACCAGGCGACAAGGGACCACCUGGAGCUCCUGGUGCUGCAGGACCAUCAGGUCCUCCUGGAUUACCAGGGCUACUUGGACCUACUGGAGCUACCGGGCCCAUUGGAGAACGUGGCCCGAAAGGUGAAACGGGCCCGCAAGGUGUGGAAGGUCCACAGGGACUACGAGGAAAACCUGGUCCGGCAGGUCUUGAAGGAAUAAAGGGGGAUCGCGGAGAGGAAGGACAGAAAGGGGCUAAGGGACAUCGGGGAUUUACUGGUUUACAAGGAUUACCCGGCACUCCUGGUCUAGCAGGAGAAAGGGGUAUACCUGGUUUGCCAGGACCGCCCGGUAAAGAUGGAGAACCAGGUAUUAGAGGUAAUCCUGGACGGGAAGGUAAUCCAGGACCUAUUGGACCUCCGGGAAAUCCCGGAGCAAGAGGUCCAUCUGGGGAAGAAGGUCGUCAUGGAUUACCAGGACCUCCAGGACUUCCUGGACCACCUGGUCCUCCUGGGGAUGGGUUUGGUUACGAUGCUGCGUCUCUAGUAGCAUUUUUAGGACAAGGCCAAACUAAAGGACCAGAUCCGCUUAAUGAUGAACCACCAAGAAUAUUUAGCAAAGAUAUUACUGAAAAAGAACGAAGAGAGUUACUUUUAAAAGCGUAUGAAAAUCUAAAAUCAUCGUUCCAAAAAAUGAUGAAGCCGGAUGGUGAAAAAAAUUCGCCCGCUAAAACGUGUCGAGAUCUAUUUGUUGCCUACCCAGACAAAUUAUCUGGCGAAUACUGGAUUGAUCCAAACGAAGGAGAUAUUCGAGACGCAAUCUUGGUGUAUUGCGAUGCUGAAAAACGAGCAACUUGUAUUUUACCAAAUCCAUCGCGUUCACCAGAUAUCACUCACAUCACUGAUCAACAAGAAACCUGGCUGAGCGAAAUAGACAACGGCAUAAAGAUUACAUACAAGGCGGACAGUAAUCAAAUUGGUUUCUUGCAAUUGCUCUCGAAACAUUCGAAACAGAAUAUUACGUAUCAUUGCAAAAAUAGUGUGGCCUACUUCGAUUAUGAAAGAAAAACGUACAGAAAAGGCUUGAAACUUUUGGCUUGGAAUGAUGUUGAAUUGACACCACGAAGCAAUCAACGUCUCAGAUAUGAGAUGAUAACGGAUGAAUGCAGGCUCCAUCAAAACCAUUGGGGUAAAACUAUUAUCUCAUACGAAACGGACAAACCUGUAAGACUUCCUAUCUUAGACGUGGCUUUACGAGAUAUUGGGAACCCAGAUCAAAGUUUUUCUAUUGAGAUUGGUGCAGCUUGUUAUGAUUAAAACAAAAUAGUAGUUCUAUUUUUAAGAAGAUUAUUGUACAUUAAUUCUUUUUAUCUGGCAAUUAAAUGUUACUUAACCGAC